UCUGCUUUAUAUUCUGCCGUCAGUUUCGCGCGUUUCAAAAGGAUUUUCCUCUGUACUUUAUUCUAGCUUCAAAAAAUUACUGGAUUUGUGUUUUUUCAUUCAUACGACCAAGGUAUUUUGUAGAUAUCAGAUGAUCCAUGAAUGAAACCCCCACUUUGUCAAAUAUCCCACGCAAGUCCGAUCAGAAUGAAAUAUCGAUUUGGCAAGCAACUUCCCCGAAUGGUCAGAAAUUUCGCGCUUCGACACUACUUAUUUCUGAUUGGCCAUGAUAGAUCAUCCACCUGAUUUUGACACUUCGAGACACUGCUUCAAGAUACAUAACAAACGUGACAAUAGCAUGAGAAUUAUGUAGACCAUUCUUUUGUGGAAAUAUACUGUAUUAUUGCCUCUUGUGUAUGAUUUGAAUAUCUCACGCGAAAAUGGAUAACAUAGCAACAGCCGAGUGUCUUACCCUGGAUUUUGGACCUUUCGAAACCGUUCAUCGAUGGCAGCAAAUGCCAGAAUGCAGAGAAUUUGUUGGAGCAAGACGGAGCAAGCACACUGUAGUGGCUUACAAAGAUGCUAUUUACGUGUUCGGGGGAGAUAAUGGAAAAACUAUGCUUAAUGACUUACUACGGUUUGACGUUAAAGAAAAAUCUUGGGGGCGAGCAUUUGCCAUUGGGAUUCCACCUGCUCCAAGAUAUCAUCACUCUGCAGUUGUUCAUGACGUGUCCAUGUUUGUUUUUGGAGGAUAUACGGGAGACAUUCAUUCAAAUUCAAACUUGACUAACAAAAAUGAUUUAUUUGAAUACAAAUUCAAAACCGGUCAAUGGACAGAGUGGAGAUUCAUCGGAAAAACGCCAGUACCCAGAUCAGCCCAUGGAGCUGCGGUAUAUGACAAUAAGCUAUGGAUUUUUGCUGGUUAUGAUGGGAAUGCGAGAUUAAAUGAUAUGUGGACCAUAUCUUUGCUUCCAGGAGAUAUGAGAGUUUGGGAGGAAGUUUCUCAAUCCGGAGAUUGUCCACCAACAUGCUGCAACUUUCCGGUAGCUGUGGCCAGAGAGUCUAUGUUUGUUUUCAGUGGUCAAAGUGGGGCUAAAAUAACGAAUAGCUUGUUCCAAUUUCACUUCAAAGAAAAACGUUGGACCAGAAUCUCUACAGAACACAUAUUGAGGGGAGCACCACCUCCGCCAGCGCGUCGUUACGGUCAUACAAUGGUUAGUUUUGACAGACAUCUUUACGUCUUUGGUGGAACGGCAGAUUCCACACUUCCCAAUGAUUUACAUUGCUAUGACCUGGACACACAAACCUGGAGUGUAAUAUUAUCAUCUGCGGAUAGUCAGGUGCCAUCGGGACGAUUAUUCCAUGCUGCUGCUGUAAUUGGUGAAGCUAUGUUUAUUUUUGGAGGCACUAUAGAUAACACUGUCAGAUCCGGUGAGAUGUACAGAUUCCAGUUCUCAUCAUAUCCUAAAUGUACAUUACAUGACGAUUUUGGGAGGCUGCUUAGUAGCCAACAAUUUUGUGAUGUAGAAUUCAUUGUUGGAGAAAGUGAGGAAAGAAUACCAGCUCACAUUGCCAUGGUUGCCGCUCGAUCUCAGUGGCUAAGAGCUAGAAUUACGCAGGCACAAGAUCAAAGAGAAAAACACCAUGAAAAAGUGUUGGGUUCCAGUGAUAUACCCGUAAAAAAUUUACCGUUAUUGGAAGUUAAAUUGAAAGAUGCAGUUCCCGAAGCAUUUGAAAUGGUGCUGAAUUAUAUAUACACUGAUAGAAUAGACCCCACAAAGAAAAUAGAAGAUCCAUUAAGUAACAGAAUUGUUCUUUUAAUGAUGGACGUUUACAGACUGGCUGUUCAGUUUCAUAUGAAAAGACUAGAACAACUCUGUGUUCAGUAUUUGGAAGCAACUAUAAGUCAUGCCAAUGUUCUUGAAGCGCUUCAUAAUGCUGCUAUUUUGAAAUUAUAUUUUAUUAAAGAGUUUUGUUUAAGUUUCGUCGUCAAGGAUAGUAAUUAUAAUCAGAUUGUCAUGAGCCAGGAGUUUGAAACAUUAGAUCAACCAUUAAUGGUUGAGGUCAUAAGAAGACGACAGAUGCCGCAAGCAAGAAAUUCCCUCAAGUCAUAUGAAUCUACGGAGUUUGCGCAUAUCCAUGUAUUGGGAACAACAUUGGAGCAAGACAUGCAAGUAUUUUUAACAAGUGCCAGUAGUGAAUUCUGUGAUAUUACCCUAAUGUUGCAUGGUACGCCAAUACCAGCGCACAAGGCUAUCCUUGCUGCCAGAUGCAGUUAUUUUGAAGGCAUGUUCCGGUCAUUUAUGCCUGAGGACAAUAUUGUCAACAUUCAAAUAGGAGAGAUGAUUCCUUCGAAAGAAUCAUUCGAUUCGUUAUUGAGAUACAUUUAUUAUGCAGAUGUAUCGAUGCCUCCUGAAGACUCUUUAUAUUUAUUCACCGCGCCAGUAUUCUAUGGAUUUACGAAUAAUCGACUACAAGCCUUCUGCAAGCAAAAUCUUGAGAUGAAUGUCACAUUUGAAAAUGUUAUACAAAUUCUUGAAGCUGCGGAUAGGAUGCAGGCUAUCGAUAUGAAGAAAUAUGCCCUCAAUCUCAUCGUUCACCAUUUUAGCAAGGUGGCUCGCUUACCAAAACUAAAACAGUUAAGUCGGGAACUUUUACUAGAUAUCUUGGAAGCAUUGGCAGAUGAAAAAAGUGAAGUUCGAAUGUGUCAAGACAUGUCAAACGCCAGUCUUUCCAGUGACUGCUGACAGACCUCCAAUCAAGUGUGGCACGUUCCCAUGCCCUCCAGUUUCCAGGAACUUUUUCGUGUGAACUUUAUCUUGAUAACACGCAUGAUAUUGUUCAUUGGGAAUUACUAUUUCGACGCGAAGAUGUGUCCGCAGUAUAAACAAGGGUUUAGACGAUGCAACCACAAGAAGAAGCGAUACCAUCGUUUUAAAAUUCACUGACAGCUAGCAUGACUUCUGGUAAGACUGCUAGCAUGUCUUCAAAAAAGAUGACACUGGCAGCUUUAACUGUUGAACUUACUAAAUUCAUCAGCUCGUCGUAUGAUUUGCUUCAUUUUGAAAGUAAGCUAUUCUUAGUCAGAAAGUGAUUUAUAGAAAUAAGUAGUUAUGGGAUAGUUUCUAUUGUCAAGCAACGCCAUUAUUUUGAAAGUUAACUUGUUGGCUUAACAUCAAUGUCCAUUCAAAUACGGUGAUGAAUAGUGCAUGAAAUUCGUCAGCUUGCUGCGUUAUCAGGAUCAGCUAAGAAAAACGCAUCUUCAGCAUUUUAAGGUCCAGAACCAAUUUAAUUUUCUAAUUUUCCCCGAUUUCCAAAUGAAUAUCGUCACAAGUAGUGAAAUCGAUUGUCAUUCGCAACAGGAUAACACAGAAUAAGAAUUGCAAUAUCGCUUAAAGUUCACUAAUACUUUAUGAUAUUGUCUUCGGUAAAAUACAAUAUAGUAUGAUGAAAUAAGUUUUGAGCAUUACAUAUGAGCAUUUAGGGCGCCUGCAUGAAAAUUCAACAUUCCGCAACCAUAAUAGUAAGCAGUGUUUGGUCUACGAAUUGUGAUUUUAAUAUUAUCAAAUAUGACAAACGUUAUUUAGGAACUCGAUCCCUCGAUCGCGCGAAAUAUUUCAUCAGUGAUAUAUGUAUAGUUAUUAAUUGGUCAGUUGAUCAUCUUUAGCAAAGAGAUAUGAAUGACAGGUGUAAAUGCUGGAUCUGGAUGGUUUUUAAAUGGUGUAAUUUGUAAUAUAAAUAGGCUUACCAAAGGUAUGUUUGACAAGAACCAUAAAGUUACCGUUCUUUAUGAUGAAAAAAAAUCACUUGAAGCAGACCUGUUAAGACAAUUUUUUCCACUACCUAAGACAGUUUGAGUAUACGGGACAAAUUUGCACAGAAUUAAUCCAGUAUCAUAGCGACAAUGAUCUGGGGUUACUGUAGCUAAUGUUGAUAUUUGGUAAAAUAGUCCUGUAUGUUUUUACUAAUAUGAAUUUCACUGAAUAAUUAACUUAGUCAAUAUUCAAUUAUUAUGGAUGACACCAAUAUAGAAGUGAGAAUAUAUGAACGCUAUUCACAAACGUACGCAUUUUUAAUCAUUAUAAUCGUUACGAAACACUCGCAUCCACAACCUUCAUUGCUGUAUUUAUUCAAAUUGACCUUUAUUGUGUUGACUAAAAAUAAUAAUAAUAAUAAUAAUAAUAAUAAUUUCACGAAUAUUGCUCAAAACUUUUUUUACGUCUUUUCAUUAAUAUCAAUUGUCAAUAUUUAUUUUUGAUGUCAAUAGAUUGACAUGUCUAAAUCUUUAGUGUAUAGAUUCACUUAUGAAUGUUUUCCAAUAGAAUUAUUUUGAGCGAAAGAAAUAUUUGUCUGUGCCAAAACCAUGUCAAAGUAAAAGCGUCCCUGUUGAAUGAAAAGUAUUAAGUUUAGCGAUAUUUAUUAUAAAAUAUAGCUUGAGUUCGAUUGUCGAAUAUAAGCACCUACAGAAUUUCAUAUAUUGUACACAUCAAAUUAUAUUAUCAAUCUUGUUAUAAUAUUGUAUACUCCGUGGUACUACCACAAAACUUGUUCGAUAUCAUAGAUUCUCCGAAAUUAUAUAAAAGUUAUUGUAAUCAAUAAUGCCUAGAAGAAAUAUAUUACUACUAGAAACUGUUUUAAAAUUA